AUGAAGAAAGCUUUAACAAAAUUACGUUCUUAUUUUUCAGAUCAAUUAGAUGAAAACAGUUUACCUUAUAGAAUUGGUUCGAAAAUUACAAUAAAACAAUACAAUAAGUUUCUUGAACAUCAAGAAUCUUCUAAUUAUAAAUAUCAACGAAGAAACAACGUUAAUUAUAGUCCUUAUGGGACUGGUGAACUAAUUGCAGCAGAUGUUGCGAUAUAUCCAAACAUGAAUCAAAUCCAACAACCUCGUACUCCAUAUCCUGGACCUCCUCCAGGGAUAAAAAUGUGUUUUUAG